AUGACGCAUGGCCAAUCGGGCUGGCGGCAGUUGACUGAUGGCGGACUUGUAGGUCACGCCUCGAGAGUCUUCCAGGUCUUUCAGUCGCUCUCGCUCUCUGCGCACAGCACUCCUACGUCAUGGAGGCCGGGGACGUGUCCAGAAGUGGGGUUGUGUUCUGCCAUCAGCGUCAGCGGCUCUAUCCCUUCGAGUUCCUUGCAGUAUUCAUGCGGGCACACCUACCCCCCUCCCCCCCGGCUCAAAUUAGAGGACGCGUACGCCCCAACUGCGCACAAUUCUUGCCACAGUUAGCCCUUAUCUAGACAGCUCAAAAGAAACAUGGUAGGAAGGCAGAGGCGACGACUGACAAAUCGCCAAAACCACAUAUCGACGCACGAAAGCCCAUUUCCACUGCUCGUUGCUAUCAUUUCACCCGACUGCAAACGUAACGGACCUCAUGUUUUGCGGUUCAAAUCGAGGCAACUUUCAGACGAACCUGGUUGAGCCGAAACCCUGCCUGUAUGAUAUUUCGUUCAAAACAGUCCUCCAGUUAACCGGUCAGAUUUAAUUCUGGUGAUCGCAUGGGCCGUGGGAGGAUCAUGUGAUUUUGGUCUUUUGAGGGCUCCGACAAUUCUCACUCGGUGUGGAGUUUUGGGGUUAUUCUGUGUCGCAGAAUUUGCGUUUGCCUCGAUUAUUUAUUUGCUGAUCUGCGAAUUACUUUGUACUGCACUACGGCAGAUCCGAUCAGCAGUCUGUCAUAUUUCACCUCGUAGCAGGUGACUAUGGAUUCCAUGACUUGAUGCGGCAGGGGUAUGGUCUAUGGCCGGGGUUACUUACAUACUACGACAACUGAAGACUCCCCCUUCAUCGAGGAUGAUUGCCCUUUGGUGUGCUAAUUGCUUGAUGGCUGGCGUGCAAGUCGUUAAAUGCCGAAAUUUACUCACCCCUGCUGCAUGUUGGCGUGACGAUGGCUCGGCUACCUGGCUCACCACCUUGCGCGUCGGUUAAUGAGACUAAAAAUAGCCAUUAUCACAGCAAGAAGCAUCUGAGGUCGUUUAUCGAAUAUAGCGCAGUUUUGGGCACGGGAAACACGUCGGAGAAACUGGAAGACUGCCACAGACGCAAAUCGCCGAACACGCGGCAGCAGUACGGAGAGAUGACGCCAACUCUCAAGUCGCGGCCUAUCCGACGAGACCCAGGCACACAUUCAAGUUAGACGAGGCCGAAAUUCUCACAAGAGUUGACAGUCGCGUGAGCCGCGAGUCAUGGCUCAAAGGAUCCCAGUCGAGUAACAAGUGAAAUGACCCACCCCGCUCCAUAUUCGAUGCUGAAACUUAGUUUGACCAAAGUAAUUAGCCAUUCGGAGCGCGUGCAGGGCGUAGGGCCAGGUGGCCGAGCCAUCAUCACGCCAAAAUCUAUCAGGGGCGAUGAGAUUUCAGUAAUUAUCGACUUGUAAGCCGACUACCAAACCAUGAGCGCACCAGAGGGCAGCCAUCCUCGAUGCAGGGAGAAACUGUUAAUUGUCAUAUGUAUGCAGUAGAAUGGCGACUGCAUCCUAUAGGUAUACGGGAACCUCCUGUGUAUGAAUUGCCUCCUAUCUGAUCCUAUCUCUGUCGGUGGAUCUGAGCGUAAAUCUGAAACGUCAGGCGAAUAUUAUGGUUCCGGCGACUGCAUCUACUUCUUUGCAACUGCUUCCUGGAAUUCACGUUUUCGCUUUCGCCUGCAAUAUUUGCCAUAGCAGCUGUACUAGUGCUAGUGGCUAUAGUAGCUGCCCCCUUAAAAGUGGAACCGAUUUUGACAGCAGUGGUUAUCGUCGUGGUAAGUGUAGGGUUAGACACUGUAUUACAAUAUUACAGAUGGCCUAGCCCUAAAUUCCAGAGGGUUAGGGUUAACUUUGCAAUACAGGCAUAGGAACUCCCUGGAAUUUAGCGCGCAGCCCCUGUAGUACGGAGGAGGGAGUCAAUAUUCCCAUCGUAACUGUAUUAACAGCAGCAGCAGCAGCAGCAGCAGCAGCAGCAGCAGCAGCAGCAGCAGCAGCAGCAGCAGCAGCAGCAGCAGCAGCAGCAGCAGCAGCAGCAGCAGCAGCAGCAGCAGCAGCAGCAGCAGCAGCAGCAGCAGCAGCAGCAGCAGCAGCAGCAGCAGCAACAGCAACAGCAGCAGCAGCAGCAGCGACGGCAGCAGCAGCAGCAGCAGCAGCAGCGACGGCAGCAGCAGCAGCAGCAGCAGCAGGAGCGGCAGCAGCAGUAG